AUGAAACAUGCUCGUAAGAAAGGUCGAAGUGCUCCCUAUGGAAUGGUAUUGAGUCUGGUGUUUAAGUAUUUCAAUAUUCCUCUUAAAGGAGAAAAUUCCUUUAGAGGUGUUGGAUCCAUUCAUGGAUUAUCAGUUCCAUCAACUGCUAAAGUCACCAGUAACCCUACCAAAAAUCUGUCCCCAUCUGGUGAACAAACUUUGUCUCCUAUAGUUGAACAAGUCUCAACUACUCAACCUGAACAAGUUAUAGAACCACCACCCUCACAAGAUGUCUCCUCACCCAUCCCCUCAUUUGUCACUCCUCCUGACCAAACUAUCUCACCUGAAGAAAAUAUGUUUGUUUCUCCACCCUCACCCUUAAUUCAUACUGAAAACACUUGCAUUGAGUCACCAUGUCCUCCCAAUCCUCCAAGUGUUCAAACUCCUGUGUUUGACCCUUCACCAAGACAGUCUCAUGACUCCUCACCUGUGCCUGACUUAGACCUAAAUGUAGACUCCCAACAUUACCUGGCUGAGAUAAAUGAUAACCUUGACACGCUCCUUUUCCAACAUCAAGCACUCAAACAUAGUCAGUCUCUGCCUUACUCUAGUGGUUUUGAUCCAAAUACCUAA